ACCUCCUUUCUUCAACCUUUUUCCCCGUUCAAUUCUAAAACUAACUGAAACAAUCAUUCAUUUCUCUUCAUAUCUUCCUAAAUUCAAUUGAAUCUUCCUCAGUUUUUCAAGCCAUGCAGCCUAGUGAUGUUUCAGGUCUCCAUUAUCUUCUUGCUUCAAACCUCUCCCCAUAUUCACCUCAUUUGGCCUUGCCUUCUCAGAACAACACACCCACUUGCCCCUUCAACAGUUUUUUCAACCCGAUUCUCAAUUUUCAAAAUACCGCUCCUCAAAUCCAAGAAGGCAACUCCCAGUACUCAUAUUCCUUCAGCAACAACUCAACUUCUGAUGAAGCCGAUGAGCAACAACAGAGUCUCAUCAACGAGAGAAAGCAGAGAAGGAUGAUAUCUAAUCGAGAAUCCGCCAGGCGUUCACGUAUGAGAAAACAGAAGCACCUCGACGAGCUGUGGUCGCAGGUGGUUUGGCUCCGGAGCGAAAAUCAUCAGCUUCUUGACAAGCUGAACCAUGUCUCGGAGAACCAUGACAGGGUUCUGCAAGAGAACGCGCGGCUCAAGGAGGAAGCCAUAGAGCUUCGUCAAAUGCUCACUGACAUGCAACUUAAAGGCCCUUACUCUACCUUGGGGGAUUUGGAAGACAUUCAAUGCAACACAGAUUUGCUAAACUAGUUCAGAUGGCAUCGCCGGCGAUCAAUAGUUCAAUUUUUGUUCAUUGUUUCACUUUAACCGGCACUAUUACCUGCCCCGUCUUAAAGCCUGUGUGAGAUGAUGAUGAUGAUACAAAGAACAUGGUGUUUUGAGUAUUUUAAUUAAUAAUUUCUCUCUAAAUCAA